GAAUGGGACUAACAGGCUUUGGAGUGUUUUUUCUUUUCUUUGGAAUGAUACUCUUCUUUGACAAAGCUCUUUUGGCUAUUGGAAAUGUUUUAUUUGUGGCUGGCUUGUCUUUUGUUAUCGGUUUGGAAAGAACAUUUAGAUUCUUCUUUCAAAAACACAAAAUGAAAGCAACGGGCUUUUUCCUGGGUGGUGUGCUCAUAGUCCUCAUUGGUUGGCCUUUAAUAGGAAUGAUCCUUGAAAUUUAUGGGUUCUUCUUAUUAUUCAGGGGGUUCUUUCCUGUGGUGGUUGGCUUUAUUAGAAGAGUUCCAGUUCUUGGCUAUCUCUUGAAUUUACCCGGUAUAAGCUCGCUUGUAGAUAAAGUUGGAGAGAGCAACAACAUGGUAUAAUGACAAGAGGGCAGAAGACUGAUUCUAAACUUAUUGUAUUAUUUAUAAAAUCCUUUUGAAGAAUACUCAGCACAAAGAUUAAGUUGUGUACAAAGGAAAAGCUUGUUACAUUCUUUACAUAACAGUUUAAAUUAAAAUGUAUAGUCAACAAUAUACAUUAGAAAAGAAGCUCAGCAAGUAUGCUUCUAGGAAAGUAACUCCAGAGUUCAGGAAGUAAACUGAAGAGGUGAAAGUCAUGGAAUAACCCAUAUUACAACUGUUCAAGACUACUUUUGUUGUUUUUGGAAAACAUGCUAGAGGCAAUGAACCCUUGUGGAAUUAAUGGAGCCUGUACUUUACCUCCUUAUUUUGAAGGUGCAGUAGAGCAAACAGGCCUGCAUUUUUAAGGGUGACCCAAACUUAUCCAAUCCUCUGCUUGCUAUCCUCAGAGUGCAAAAAAAAAAAAAAAAAAGGAAACUUCUUGUGUAACGAGAGAUGCGUCUUUGCAUGAAGGUUAAGAUGACUAUUCAUCUUUAAGUGUAUUAUGACAAAAAAAGGAAACCCUACACGGUUCUGUUGUAAACAUUUUUGUAAAUAUGUGGCUGAAAUAAAACAUUGUUAUCUUAAUGUUUCAAAGCCAAAUGUAAGUUGAUUGUAUUUGCCUUCUGUUUCAGAAUAUGCAAAAGGUCAAUCGUUAGUAACUUCAGUCUUAAAUGUUGGUUCUGAACAUGUAGAGCUCAACAGGGAACUCUGGAAACUGACUUGAGCUCCUUCCAGUUUGUUCUCCUUGAGUCAUGUUACACGUGCAUCCGGAUGAGAAUGUAGCGCCUUGUCACUAACUUGAAAACUUUGUGAAAUAUGCUUAGUUCACAGAAAAAAAUGCAUUUGGUUAAGGUGCUGGCAUGAACCCUGUGAAAUGUAUCUUAUCAAAAUUUGAACCUUUGUUUUUAAAUAGUUUGAAGCUAAGGUUUCAUUGUUUACUCUGGAACUACAAAUUGACUUUUAUUUUUUACAGUAAUAAAAUGAAAACUUAAAA